CAGGUUUUUUAUAUAUAGGUCCUCCUCCUUCCUCGUUGGGGAGGAUGAAUGAAUGUGAGAAACAGGCAACGAAGAUUUCUCGGUUUAUACUUUACUAUAUUAUACAACGGUGGCUUUACUCUUUUAUUGUUCGACAACAGACAGGCAUCUAUAAUUACGGAAGAUACGUUUAUAAGGCAGACACGACAGAUAUAUACGAAAACACACAAAGAUCAGUGCAAGGGUUCUUCGAGCGAAAUACAAUCAUCCUCGCUACUUCGCUCAUCACUGCUAUUCGCAGCCUUGCUUUUGCAAAUUCGCUCCCAUCAAACCACCGACUUCAUCCAGCCUCGUGCUCAACUCUAAAAGACGACGGGAGACCGGUUGAGAUUCCUCAUCACCUCGCUAUACUUGCACAGCUCGAGCUCCGCCUUACCAGUGCAUGAUUCGCUGCCUUCCAACCUGCACCACACACUCUCCGCCUUAUCUGCACACUGCGUGCAGGCACCCCGCCGAGAACAGCAACCACCAGGUCAGCUAUUAGGCACGGCGAGCCCCAGCGACCCCGCAUCCUUCUCUCUCCUUCGCAUCGUCUCUCAGCCCGCGCUGCUGACUUUGAGACGACGACGAAAUGGUCACCGUUCCAAGCUUCGAUCGUGUGAACUGGUCGAGUGAGACCGAGCGGAAACCCGAAAUCCAGUCCAGCACAAUGGGCAAUUACUUUGAAGAAACGCGCACUGUGGCCGAGCAGCCACCGAGGAAUAUGCCCAUCAAUACCGCACUGAAUGAGUACUGCGGUAUCGAAUCCACCGCCUAUGCCCUCGCUGUGAUCCGUCCAGACGGAUCAAUCGCUACUUUCAUGUCCGACGAGGUGAAGACGGAUCCCAAAUACCUCUUCACACCUGCCUUCAAAAACGAGUUCCUCGUUGCUUCAGGCCACGCGCCAUUGUAUCCAGAGAUCGGAGAUUCCAUUUUCAAGCGUGAAUGUGAUGCACAGAUGGCAUGCGUAGAAGUCGAUUACCGCACCGCCCGCUACAACGUCAGAGAAUUUGGUGGCUCCUCGUACCGCAAGCGCACCCCUCCCCGCUCCCACAACGCCUACGAUGAUGAUUCAUCCGACUCCUCCAUGAGCCCCGGGUCUCGCAAGCGCCUCCGUGCUACUGGUACUCGCUCCCGCGACCGCGCCAUCCCUACCCUUCCCACCCGCACAAUCUCCAUCGGCGACGACGCCGCCCGCGAUGAUGUCUACCGCCAGUGCCUCAAGGAUAUGCAGCAGAAUGGGUGCAAGGUCCUGGGCAAGGCAUGGGUCAAGCUCCUAGAGCCAAAGAAGCAGUCUACGUACCCAUACACGAAGGGUGCAUCGAAGAGGCCUCCGUGGUGGCCCGCAAUGACGGGACCAAACAAGAUUAGGCAUAAGGAGCCAGAUCACUUGCACAAGCGCGAGCGAAUCAUCCUUCUCAUGCACAUCCUCGGCCUCGUCGUAAACCAAGAUUCCAAGAGCCAGGCCCGCCUACGCGGCGUCACCGUCGCAAAGCUUGAAGAAGUCACCCGCGAAGCCAUGGCCACCUGGUUCGCCGACCGCGAGAAGCCCAAGAACGCCGAGAAGCGCGGCUUCCUCACCCAGCUUUUCCGCGUCCUCUACAAUGAAGAACGCUACCGCCGCGGCGAGCUCGAUGGCUCCGCAACAGUCUCCGUCAACGAUGGCGCCGGAACCACAGACGACGACGAUGAUGACGAGGACUCUGACCCAUCCCCACAGCACCGCGAAGCCCACACCAUCUCACCAUUCCUCCCCACCCCAUCGUCCUCGCUCUCCCCAUCGCACCCAAUCUCCUCUACCGCUGCAGCGGAAAUGCAAGACUACUACCCACCCCGCCUCCCCCUCCGCUCCACCUACAUUCCCACCACCCCCGACACCACCACCGGUGACGACUACGCAGACGCCCCUUACCCAAUCCACCACCACAACGGCCUCACCCACAACCCACACCCGCAACAACCACCGUCCUACCCAACCCGCGCCUGGCCCGCACAGGAAAUCAACAUCUACACAGGCGGCUCUCCAUGGCCCACUCCCCCAGCCGCGGCAUCGGGACCAAUGCAGCACUACCCCUUCGGGAUGUCCACCUCCUCGCCACCUCAGCAGGGGUCGUUUGGUAUGCCUACCGCUACCUCAUCGCCGCCCCAACAACAGGGACAAGGCGCGGUAUUCCUGCCUCCACCAAUGGCACCGGCAUACGAGGAUGUGAAUGGUGCGAGGGGUAGCUUCGAUGGGGGAUGGGAAGUCAUCUGAUUGAUUAAAGCCAUUUGAUUAACAGGCGUUUGCGCUUGCUUUGGUUUGCUAUGGUUUUUUUUUGGACCUGGUUUGCCGGCUUGGAGUGGGUGGUGGUUUGCUUGUGGGGCGGGAUGAUACCAUGUGCUUGCUAUGCUAUGCUCCUUUCGUUGCUUCAUUUGUUUGUUGGCUUUCCUUUUGAUUGCUUCAUGCAAUGGGAUGGAGAUGGGAUGGCCUUAUACUUCCUCCGCCGGGCUUCAACACGACAAUCUUGAUUUGAGAGGAGUGCGAUUUGGCAGUUCGAUUGGGUUCUCUCUUUCGUUUUUUAUUUGUUUUACUUUUGUUUUUGCUUGCUUGUUCUUUCAUUUGUUCUUGGGCGGCUGUCUGAAUUAUUUUUAUGCGCUUGGAAUGGGGGGUGUUGGGGUGGGGUAUAAUGAUGAUGACUGGAUGGGACUGAUGGUGGGCACGACGAUGGGAUGGAUAGAUGAUGGAGAUCAAGACGAUGGGGGACGAGGAUGAGGAUGAGGAUAGGAAUUCAACACGAUAUCGAUGAAUGAGGAAGAUGAAUCCGCUGGAAGAAGCGAGAGGAGAAGGGAGUGAGUGGCAGGAGACGGCGAUGGAAUAUAAUAUAUACCUUACCUACCACCAAAACAACAAAACAAGA